ACGUGGACCGUCGGACAUUGAGGGUGGCCACUGUUGGGGGGAAGGUAUGGAACCUCCCCUGUGAUGGCGAUUCGGAGGCCCACACACAUGUGCGACAGCUGCUGCAGCAGACGGGUUUGUAUCACCUGCCUUGGUGCGGGUUACCGGAGACAGACCCAGCUGUCGUACUGGCCCUUGUUGAGAGAUGGCAUGAGGAGACGAGUAGCUUCCACAUGCCGUUCGGGGAGAUGACUAUCACCCUGGACGAUGUGUCUGCUCUUCUCCAUCUUCCCACAGGGUCGAGGUUCUACACUCCGGGCAGAGGGGAGCGAGACGAGGUUGCAGCGCUCUGCGCCCAGCUCCUGGGAGGAUCUGUUGCUGCUUAUCUGGCUGAGUUUGAGGCGGAGGGUGGCCAGAACAUUCGGUUCAUUACUCUGAAGACCAUGUACACGUCUGCUAUGGAUGGGGGACGCUAUGAGGAUGCUGCUAGGAUCUGGCUGGUGAACCAGCUUGGUGCCACCCUCUUUGCCAGCAAGAGUGGUGGUUACCACACUACUGUCUACUGGAUCGGGAUGCUUGAGGACCUCGGUCGCGUGUCGGAGUACGCGUGGGGUGCGAUUGCGCUGGCUUCGUUGUACGAACAGCUGAGUCGUGCAUCCCGCAGGAAGAUAGCGCAGAUCGGUGGGUUCACCUCCCUCGUGCUGUCAUGGGCGUAUGAGUACAUAUCCAGCAGCGUCAUUAUCAGGACGGAGGUCCCCGGCUACACACAGGACCAGCCUAGGGCGCAGCGGUGGUCCACGUCUCGGAUCGCGCAUUCCGGACUCGAUGAGAGACGAGUCAUGCUCGAUGAGCUUACAGUGGAUGAUAUCACAUGGACCCCUUUUGAGGACCAUCGAGAUGUUCGACCGCGGGAUCCCAGGGCCCUCUAUUCCGGCUACAUCCGGACACCUUACGGCCGGUCUGUGAGCCGACAUCUACCAGAGCGGGUUAUGCGCCAGUUUGGCUUCAUACAGGACAUCCCUCGACACCCCUCUGAGAUCCAGACGACGGGGUCCCUUGCUGAGACCACAGAUGCUGCCUAUGCUGAGUUUGAGCCGCACCUCCGCCCUCAGGGGAUACCUGCUACAUAUCCGGGAGAGGCGGUGGAGGGUUACAUGAGGUGGUGUAGCAGAGUGUCACAUGUGUUCAUCAUCCCUGAGGAUAGGAGGGAGGAGCUUAGUGCCGUGGUAAGUUUGGAUUCUAAACUUGUAUAUUAUUUUUAUUCAUUCAAUUGUGAUUUUUGUUAAUGAAAUUAUUUUUGUAUAUUAUUUUUAUGCAGUCUGCCAUACGUAGGGGUGUGGAGUUGUUAGAGCAGUCCCUGGAGGUGCCAGGUGCUCUUGCUCCAGGGACACAGCCCCGGAUCCUCACGGAGAGGGCGCUCGAUCUCUUUCGACGGAGUUCCUUCGUUGGUACCCAGGGAGUUGCCUUUUCUGCUAUUCGAGGAGCCGCAGCUGCGGGAGGCAGAGCUCGUGGAGGCAGAGCUCGUGGAGGCAGAGCUCGUGGAGGCGGAGCUCGUGGAGGUAGAGCUCGUGGAGAGGGUGAUCCUGGAGAGGGUGUUCGUGGAGGUCGAGCUCGUGGACCCAGAGGUCGCAGGGGGCGGGGUCGGGGAUAGUGAUUUUAUUACACUUGUUAUGUGGGAUCCAUUAUUAUGUAUAUGUUAGGACUUUUUAUGUUAUGUUAUGACUCUUGCCUCGUUUUAUUUACAUGUGUUAUAUUUUUAGUCUUAA